AUGUAUCGCAAACGCAACGGGUCUCUCGGCUUCUCCUUCACCCGUUUCGCCAACGCCGCCGUCCCCAACUUCUUCGCCGAUGAAACGCCCUCUCGCACGGUUGACCUGACGGGCUACCGGCGGGACAUGUGCUACAUGCACCAGAUCGCCUCCGCUGACCCCUAUACUCUGGACGAACGAUCGUUCUACGUGGCCGGCGUCGUCGACUCGGAGAGCGUGAGUCGGAAGGUGUACGCCAAGCUGAAGAAGAACGAAAUCCUACGGGCAGAGGACGGUAUGGUGGAUACGCACAAGAUAGGGCCCCGGUUCCCCCACCAACUGGCCCUGCUGAACAUCUACCGGCAGAAGGACCUCGUCGGCAUGCUGUUUUGGUGGGAGGAGGAGUGCCAGCGUCUGCGCAAGUUGGACGCCGAGGAGAGGGAUCUCGACGCAUUGAUUGCCGAGUCGGAGGUGAAACAGCAGCUCACCACCACUACCACGACUGCUGCUGCUGCCGUCGCCGAGGAUGAUGGUGCAGAGGAGAGCCAGCAGGCCGUCAAGGAAACCCUGGAUCAGUUGAAGUUCGCGCGGGAACGGGUCAGGAUGAAGAGGAGACAGAGACCCAGCCAGCGAGACCCGGCGGUCGAGACCGACACGGACGACAUCAUGAUGGCGUUUCAUGGUCGGAGCAGGAGUGUGCCUAAUGUUAGUCCUAAUGGAGUAGCCAUCAGCCCAAACAGACCCGUACAACAGGGCCAGCCGCCACAAUAUUUUCCGGGUUCUUAA